UGAUGGAAUGAAAAUAUGUACAUGUGUUUCCAGCGGCAAACUCUGUUAGUAACAGCAAAAAUUUCAAAAUUAAAUAAACCGUGUAAAAGAUCAGCUCUUUCUGUGGCUUCAGCUUCACCGGAAAUCGUAACCGCAAAAACAAAUCUUGAAAUUAUGAUGCCGCAAUGUCGUGCCCAAGAGACACGUCGCCGUUUGGGCUCUGUGAGCGACUCGGCCCCUCCAUCAGAGUCCAGCGAUGGCACUGGCUUCUCAUCGGCCUCGUCGGAGCAGAGGGAGGAGCUGAUACUCCACGCGGACUGGUCGGGUGCCCAUUCACACUCUUCGGCCCAGAGGAGCAGUGCCCACGGCACCACAUCGCUCUAUAAUGCUUCGGACAUCGACGCAGACACCAUCAGCACGGACACCACAAGCAACACGGUCCUCUCCGACUACGAGCGCGGUCAGGUGGAGAGCUUCUUCGGUGGCCUUGGCACCGAUAUCUUUGUGAGCGGAGCCCUGGCCAAUCUCUACGAGGGCACUGGCAACGACGGCGACUGGCGUCUGGUCUUCACGGGCAUACCCGUCAUUCUCCACGACAAGGGCAACUCCCGGGCCAGAUCCAUACCCAGGGUGACUCUGGUGCUGGCCGAGAGGGGCUCCUGUUUCGCCCUCUGGUCGGAUCGCAUUGACAACUUGUCCAACUAUCGGCUUGCGGGUCCGUCCUUCCACACCAUGUGCCUGUCGAGCAAUCACCAGCAGAUGAUCGGCUUCAGCUUCGACUCCACAGAUGCCGCCCGCGAGCUCUGGCAGCACGUGGAGCGUCUGGUCAGCGAUCCGGAGAACAUAGCCCUGACCGUGCCCGGCACUCGCAAGCAGAAGAAGCAGAAGCGCGUGAAGCCGGCCCCGUUGCCGCCCAAGUCACAGAUAUCGCAUCCGUGCCAGUUCCAUCAUGUGACCAGCGUGGUGAAGGAGGACAGCGAGCGGUACUACAGCAUGCAGGCCUUCGGACCGCACAAUCCCCAACAGCAUCGUUGAGUAGGGUCGGGCGCGUGGAUCUGGAACACAAGCGCCCUUUGGUGGCAGAACUAAGCCCAGGCCCAGGCCAACCCGACUCCAACUCCAGCGAUCACCCCUUAGUUGAUAGAGUUUAGAUCUAUGAUAUAUACCUACGUAUGUAUAUCUUUGUUAUAGCCGCGUUUCGGGCCUAAGUUAUGCCAAUGUGUGCUCUGAGGAGGAUUCUCGGAUGGCACAUUCAUCUGUGAUACGAUUUAGGCGUCUACAAACCUAGAAAUAUUAAUUAGCAUUUGGAAAAGGAAACUGAAAAUUUACAAAAAAAUAAUAAUUCAAUUCAAAGUAAAAAAUCGAAAGAGAACUUUUCAAAGUUAUAUAACCCAAUAUAUUCGAUAAACGAUUCAAGAUUAGCGAUAAAACGAUUGUCAAUAAGCGUGCGGAGUUUUGUAAACAUUUUCUAAUAUUACAAAUACACACCAUAACCAUAAUUAUAUAUAUAGUAUAUAGUUCCCGAUAUCGUAAUCUGCAUGUCCAUUUUGCAAUUGCUGCGAAAAUGUUUUUGAUACCAUAAGCUUGUUUUUUUAAUCGGACUAUGACUACACACGCAAAAAAAUAAAUGUUUUUUAAAAUCUAUGUAUUAUAUUAUAUUAUAUAUAUAUAUAUAUGCUAUAUUAAAACUAUCCAUAUAUUAUAUGUAGCUCUAAGCAUUGCAUGCAUCAUACAUAGCUACGAAAAUGUAUGUAUCUUGAACUUCAUAUUUUGCAUAAGCAAAAACCAUUGCGACAAAUCAAAUAAAGCUGAGAGAAAAACCAA